AUGACCUGCAUGGACUAUAUCACCAAGCUUCCCAGGAUGCUGGAGGGAAAGAAGGAGGAGAUCAAAUUCAUCCGAGAAGUAACGCCAUAUAUCAAGAAGCCAUCAUUAGUGUCAGAUCUGCCAUGGGAAGGUGCAGCUCCCCAAUCACCAAGCUUUAGUGGCAGUGAAGACUCUGGUUCUCCAAAACACCAGAACAGCACCAAGGACAGGAAGGUCAUUCCUCUCAAAAUGUGCUUUGCUGCUAGAAACCUAAGCAUGCCGGAUCUGGAGAACAGAUUGAUAGAGCUACAUUCUCCCGAUAGCAGGAACACAUUGAUCCUACGCUGCAAGGAUACAGCCACCGCACACUCCUGGUUCGUAGCUAUCCACACCAACAUUAUGGCUCUCCUCCCACAGGUGUUGGCUGAACUCAAUGCCAUGCUUGGUGCAACCAGUACAGCAGGAGGCAGCAAGGAGGUCAAGCAUAUUGCCUGGCUGGCAGAACAGGCAAAACUAGAUGGUGGAAGACAACAGUGGAGACCUGUUCUCAUGGCUGUGACUGAAAAGGAUUUGCUGCUUUAUGACUGUAUGCCAUGGACAAGGGAUGCCUGGGCCUCACCAUGUCACAGCUACCCUCUUGUUGCCACAAGCAUGCUAGAAGUGGGGAGUUGGAAGCACAAAGAACAGAGAAAUGUAGAUUUGGGUGCCAUUUAUCUCUUUAGGGUGGAGACACAUCGGGAUCUGUCGACCUGGACCAGGAUACUCGUUCAGGGUUGCCAUGCUGCUGCUGAGCUGAUCAAGGAAGUCUCUCUAGGUAUAGAUCCUGGCAUUUCACUUCUAAUAAUCCUCUACUUUUUAGUUCUAUCAGGUAUGGUGGAAGCCAGUACACCACCAAGUUGCGUGUUUAUUGGCGUGUCUGUGUAUGGUAGUGAUAACGCCCUUUCUCCACAGACCAUGGACCUGCACUCUUGUCCGAAGCCGAUUGUGUUUGUGCUGCACACGUUCUUGUCGGCCAAAGUCACGCGCAUGGGACUGCUUGUAUGAGCAGCAAGAAUCAGAAAAGAGCCUUGAAUGUCACAAGAAGUAUUUUCACCUC